CGAACGAGGGGAAGGGCGAGACAGAGCUCACAAGGCAGCCACAGCUCCUCCGACAUCCAGCCAGACUGUCGAGUAAUCCGGGAAGAGCAGAACCGACCAGCCGAAGAACCGGAGCCCGUCGUCAGCUUCCCCCUCCUGCUUCUCCGUGAGACUCCCCACACCGCAGCGACAACAUGCGUGAGAUAGUGCACCUGCAGGCCGGGCAGUGCGGGAACCAGAUUGGAGCAAAGUUCUGGGAGGUGAUCAGUGAUGAGCACGGCAUCGACCCAACAGGAAGCUACCAAGGCGACAGUGACCUGCAGCUGGACAGGAUCAAUGUUUACUAUAAUGAGGCUUCAGGUGGGAAGUACGUGCCAAGAUCCAUCUUAGUUGAUCUGGAGCCAGGCACAAUGGACUCAGUCCGCUCCGGCCCUUUCGGACAAAUCUUCAGACCCGACAACUUUGUCUUUGGCCAGAGUGGAGCAGGUAACAACUGGGCAAAGGGCCACUACACAGAGGGCGCCGAGCUGGUGGACUCGGUCCUGGAUGUAGUGAGGAAGGAGGCGGAGAGCUGCGACUGCCUGCAGGGUUUCCAGCUCACACACUCCCUGGGCGGUGGCACCGGCUCUGGUAUGGGAACUCUGCUCAUCAGCAAGAUCCGUGAGGAGUACCCCGAUCGUAUCAUGAACACCUUCAGUGUGGUGCCCUCUCCUAAGGUGUCAGACACCGUGGUGGAGCCGUACAACGCCACCCUGUCUGUCCACCAGCUGGUUGAGAACACAGAUGAGACUUACUGCAUCGACAACGAAGCCCUAUAUGACAUCUGCUUCCGCACCCUCAAACUCACCACACCCACUUACGGAGACCUCAACCACCUGGUCUCUGCCACCAUGAGCGGGGUGACAACUUGCCUGCGUUUCCCUGGUCAGCUCAACGCCGACCUUCGUAAACUAGCCGUCAACAUGGUCCCCUUCCCUCGCCUGCACUUCUUCAUGCCGGGCUUCGCCCCUCUCACCAGCAGAGGCAGCCAACAGUACAGAGCCCUCACUGUGCCUGAACUCACACAACAGAUGUUUGAUGCCAAAAACAUGAUGGCCGCCUGCGACCCGCGCCACGGCCGCUACCUGACCGUGGCCGCCGUGUUCCGUGGCCGCAUGUCCAUGAAGGAAGUGGAUGAGCAGAUGCUCAACGUGCAGAACAAAAACAGCAGCUACUUCGUGGAGUGGAUCCCCAACAACGUCAAGACAGCGGUGUGCGACAUCCCGCCCCGCGGGCUCAAAAUGGCAGCUACCUUCAUCGGCAACAGCACGGCCAUCCAGGAGCUGUUUAAACGCAUCUCUGAGCAGUUCACCGCCAUGUUCCGCCGCAAGGCCUUCCUCCACUGGUACACAGGCGAGGGCAUGGACGAGAUGGAGUUCACUGAGGCGGAGAGCAACAUGAACGACUUGGUGUCCGAGUACCAGCAGUACCAGGACGCCACGGCCGAGGAGGGAGAGUUUGAGGAGGAGGGAGAAGAGGAUUUGGCUUAAGGCUAAAAUCACUCAUCAUUUCUCAUAACUUUGUCAUAACUCCAUCCAUCCUCUCUUUCUCUGACGUUUCUUACACAGUACUUUUCUUUCCCUCUUCACUUCUCCCUGUAAUUCUCCUCCUCUUUCUUUCAUUCACCAUCGUUCCACCAGCCAGAGUACGAUUCACGUCACUAAACUGACUCUCCCAUCUUGGUGCUCAUAUAGGAGUAGCUAAAACAGGUAUGCUCGUGGUGUUUUGUCAGUAGCUUUCUGUUUAUGUUCAUUUAUCACCAUCAGUCAAACAGUACCUGAGCCAAAUAUUCACUGACAAAAAUUUUGAUCAUGUGUCCGAUUUGGCGUUGAUUGAAAUAAAUUUGUUGAAAAAAUA